AUGUACCACUCCCAGCUGCGGUGGGAGCGGAAGAGAGACAAGGCAGCGGCAGUGCGCCCACCUACGGAGAGAUCGGCGGCGAAGGAGGCCAUGGCGCGGGCAAUGCUGGGUGAGAUAGAGGAACACGACGAGCGGCAACAUGAGCGGGGGCACCCACUGGAGCGAAGAUGGGUUUACCCCUGGGAGGAGGAUGAUGAAAGGCCAGCAGUGUACGCCGAGCAGGAGGAGAUCUGGCUGCCAGCAGAGCGUGAGGAGGAAUCGGUGGACAAGAAGCGGGAAGACUUCGGCUGGCUAGAAGAGGCAAUUGAGAGGCAGCGGCGCCGAGAGCGAGAAGAGAGGGAGUUCGGCUACAUCGGCUUCGCCCUCAUGGCAGCAACGAAAGAGACAGCUUCGGUCACGGAGACAGCAGGAAGUGAGCACACGGGUAGCAACACAAAGACAGGAGGGGCAACGGCCAUGAGAAGGGAGGAGGCAGAGCAGCCGACCGUGAAGGAAGAGCCAGCGCAGCAGGCAGAGCGACAGCCGGAGUGGGUAACCGGAGAAGGGGUGUCGGAGGAGGACGCCACGAAGGUGGUAGUGAACUGGCAAAACGGUCUGCCGCUGACGAAUCACGCCCGAUGGGGAACCGGGGUGGGCGAUUGCGAGGGCAGGUGGGUGGGGAGUUUGCUGCGGGAUGGGCGGGUGUGCAGGGGGAUGGGGGGGGGUGGGGUAGGGGGGCGCAGCAUUAUACCGGCAUGGGGCAAGCCAGGCAGCCGCGGAUGGGAGCCAAAUUUUGCUCGAUUGUUGUUGAUGACCUACUACUGGGGCAAGCCAGCCAGGCAGCCAAAUUCUGCUCGAUGGGAAACCCCAAGUGUGCACGUGAGGGCAGCGGGUUGUGGCCGCCUCCCCCUCUCUCCCCUCUACCCGUCCUCCACCACCUUUCUCUCUCCCCUCCGCUCACAACCUCUUCCCCUCUCCAAUCUUCUCUCCCAUCAGAAGCCUUUCUUUAGUAGUUCCCACGUAGAAGCAGUUUCCUCUUUCGCCUCAUUCCGCUUCACAUACUUUUUCCACCUCCCCCCUCUCCCCCUCUCUCCUCCUCUCUCCCCUCUCCCAUCGGUCCUCCCACCAGACCUUCAGGGGUUCUCCUCUUCUCCCUUCGCCUUCUUCUCAUCCCCGUCCCUCUGUCAGCCACUCCCAGCCUGUUUCCCUCUCACCCUCUCCCGGCCUUCCCCUCUCCCCUUCUCCCUCUUUCCCCAUCUCCUAUCUUCCCCAUUCGCAUAUUCCCCCACUUCCCCCACUUCCUUCCCAUCAGGAGCCUUUCUUGCGUCGCUCCCUGGUGGCAGCAGGGGGUCUUCUCUUCGCCCUUGGUCUGCUGCUCCUCAUCAUCCCCCACAACCCCACCUUGCCACCCUGCUUGCAACCUCCGCCCUUCUCUCCACCUCUCCCAAUGUCCCAUAUCAGGAGCAUUUCUUAAGUCGCUCCCUGGUGGCAGCAGGGGUUCUUCUCUUCGCCCUUGCUCUGCUGCUCCUCCAUGUCUCCCACAACCCCCACUUCGCCACCCUGCUUGCAAACUCCCCCUUUCUCCCCCCCUCACCCCACCUCUUCCAUCGUCCUUCCCACCAUAAACCUUUCUUGAGUCGCUCCCUGGUGGCAGCAGGGGGUCUCCUUUUCUCCCUUGGCCUGCUUCUCAUUCCCCUCCGGGCCUCCCCCAUUCUCUCUCUUUCAUCAUCCCUCUACCAUCUUCCACCAGGAGCCUUUCUUGAGUCGCUCCCUGGUGGCAGCAGGGGGUCUGCUCUUUUCCCUUGGUCUGCUUCUCCUUCUCGUCUCCCACAACCCCCACUUUGCCAGCCUGCUUGCAACGCAUAA